AUGGCCGUUUAUGACACACUCGUCGUCGUCACUUCGGCGUUCAUCGUACUUGCGUUCGUAUCGUCUUAUUUCCGGCGCCCCCGCGCAGAGGAAUUCCCCCCUGUGGUGUCCAGCUUCCUCCCGUACAUCGGUACAGGCAUCCAAUACGUCCGAAACCCAGCUGGAUUCCUGGGGAGGUGUUUCAAUCAAUAUGGCCCGGUCUUCAAAAUGUCUAUUGGCGGCCGACACCUGACUGUCAUUUCCUCUCCAGACGGCAUUGCAGCAAUCUUGCGGGACCAGCACAACAUUUUCAAAAGCGAUUCCAUCCAAAUUGAACUGACCCAAGCGAUCGCCGGACCGCGGGAGAACGUUCCGCGCCUGCAAGAGAUCUUACAGCAUCAGAUAGCUCCCAUGGUUGGACGUACCUUGGCCAAAAUGUCCCUGAAGAAGUUCACGUCGACAUAUAUAGCACGGCUGCUCCAGGAGAUGAACAGUUUUGUGGCGCGUUCCGAGAAGGGGCCAAAGGCUGUGUCGUUAAUGGAGCUCGUGGGAAGAUGUCGGCUCGCAGCGUUGUGUCAUGCAUUUUUCGGCCCGUCGUUCACCGAUGAUAUUUACGACGACAUAAACUGCUUGGAUGAGAGCGUUUAUGCGAGGCUGUAUAGGGUCCCUUUCGACUGGCGGCCAUCCACAGAAGCGCGCAGGCGCCUCAUCGGUCGACUCUGCGCGUACGUCGCUCAGGUGGAGGAAGGCAGCGCAUUAGUGGAUGUCAUGACGGGUACACUCGACAUCUUCAGGGCAAACAAGCUUACGACAGAAGAAAAGGCCUGGCUAUUGCUUGUCUUCCUCUGGGGAUUAUAUGCAAAUUCGACGAACAUGACCUUUUGGGCACUGACGGAAAUUCUUGCGGACGGGAAGCUUGCCGCGCAACUGCGUGCAGAGAUAGAUAACGUGCUGCACGCGCAUAUGGAUAUCGGGAAGGGCGACGUUCCAUGCAUAACUGACCUCCCUGCUUUGCUUCGCACAGACACGCAUGCGCUCGAUGGGCUUCCACUGCUUGACUCGGUCGUCCAGGAGACCAUACGAUUGAGGCUAAUAUCAACUCCCUUACGACAGGCAUCAUGCGACACGGAAUUGGUUGUAGAUGCGGCAGCGGGUCAACGAGUGAUAGUGCGCAAGGGGGAGUAUGUGAUGGCGCAUCUGAUGGGGACGCAUUGGGACGGGCGAUGGUUUGAGCAACCGGACAAGUUUGUACCGGACAGGUUUACGACGGGCAGGUAUGCGAGCGGACUGGAGGGGUCUGAUGGCGACAACUCGACACGACCAAAGCGAACCAAACUGCCGUUCUUUGGUUGGGGAGGCGGACGUGAAAUCUGCAAGGGACGGCACCUUGCCGUCUAUGAAAUGAAGCUCCUCGUUGCGCUCUGCGCGCACCACCUACGUAUCACACACGCGGACUCCGACAAACACGGAUUCGGCCUGGGAUCGACAAACCUGUUGCCCCCAAAAGCGAAAAAGAAAAGCGUCGGUGUUCAGCAGACAGAACAUGAUGUGAUGGUGUGGUUGAACUCAGUAGAGGGAGGAAGCUGA